GUUGCUUUGGCGCACCGAGGGCGCAUCCUUUUGCGUACUUUACGAAAAAUAUCCAGGCUUCUGUAGUACAAUAUUGCUUAAAAGUCCCAAUCUGAAGACAGAACUAUUUCUCAAGAAAGCAGCCAUAUCGCUAAUGUGUUGACAGCUGCAAAGUCAUUCCCAAUGGAGAAUCAGAAUACUAAAAAGGUACUUUCCGAGUGUUCCAAUACACAACCCAACUUGUAUUUGGGAUGUGGAAACCCAGUCAAUAGCAUGAAGAAGAUGGACUUUCUCUUCACAAGUGGUUCAUCAGAUGCUCCAGCAGCAAACUUGUGUACGAGCACUGCCAUUUCUGAGAGUUUGGUAAGCACCCGGAUAAACAAUCCCCCUAUCAUCAUGAAUGAUACAGAUGAUUUAACAACUUCCAGGAGAAAAUCUACAAAUGUUGAAAUUGCAAGCAACCAAGUUACUCCAUCUAGAGGCUUGUCUGACUGUGUGGCAGUUGAUUAUAAAAUGAAUCCAGAGUUGUUUACAAGCCAGAAUAAAGAGGAAUUCAAGCAUAUAUUGAAAAAAUUAAGACGACGGUCUACAAUUGGAGCCCGAGGGUCUCCAGAAAAUAAUCAUCUCAUCCAAUAUAUUGCUCGGCAAAGGAGAAUGAAGGUGCAAGAAAAUUUGUCACAAUCCAGCCCUUGUCAAGAUCGGAACACGUUGCUGAAAGACAAAAUAGCUGCCUUCCAAUCCUCAUUUAAAGCCCUCGAAGAAACUGAAGAAAAGGCAGUCCAUAUUCAUUCUACUUCAAACACAAGACUGCACGAGCAAUCAACAUUGAGCCAGACAUGGUCUCCGGAGGAUAUGAAUGAUGCUUUUGAAGAAAACUUAACUGAUAAAUGUAUGAACGGAGAAGGUAUAUCAGUAGAUAUCCAGAUGCACAGUCCCAAAUUUCCAUCAUGGAAGCCUCUUCUGUCUGGCACAAAUGUUAUGUCUAAGGCCGUUCUGGUCUCACCAGCGAACGCUGUGGAAUCUACAGGUGUGUCUUUGGUAGCUACUCCAAGUACGGGCAUAUCAAAGAGUGAAAGUGGUGAAGACAAAAAAUUGAGCAGAAACGACACGUCCCAACCUAGCAAUAAGAAGGUUCAGUUUUCAGAAAAGCAGAGCUUUGAAAUCUUUGAUGAAAGCAAACCACCCAUUACGCCUGUGGGAAAAGGACAUUCAUUUCCCAAUUCACUUCGUUCUGUUCUGAAGAAAACACCAGUCAAAAUCGUAUCAGAAGGCUUGAAGGAUCUUCAGGGAUCAUCAGGGGAAAUGGCCACACCGAUAUGUACUGGAUCUUUUGGCCCUGAAGAAAGAAAAAAUAAUUCUCCUGACCACCACGCUCCUUUGAUUAGAACUGCUCGAAACUCUGAUAAAAGGAAGUGUGCAGUGAAAGCAAAAAAAAUUAUUGCAACCAAAAUUGAAGGCCAGAAUCAGCUCAGCAAAUUGCAAAAAGCCAAACCUUCAACCAAAUCCAAAAAAACCCCGGCAGUCCGACCCAAAGCGGCAGGGAAAAGGAGGGGCAGGGGGAAGAAGAAAGAGGAGCAGAAAGUAUUUUACGGGCCACGUGAGAGAAUAUUGAAGAAACCUCUCUUAAGUCCGAUCCUAGAAAUAACAGAAAAUGCCUCCUUUCGUUCCUCUUACCCAAAUACACCAUCUUUAAAUGUUUCCACCUCAGAUGAUUCUUCAAGUGACCUGCAUGCUAAGUUUAUUGAUGACAUGAUGGAAAACAAAACGAAUCUACCUCAUGCUGUAGGAGUGGACAGCCAUGAUCAACCUUCUAGCCCUCAGGAAGAAGAUGGCUUAGCGAGUUCAUCUGUGCAGCUUCAAGAACUUGCUCUAAACAAUGGGAAGCAAUGGUUUCCUGGAUAUGUGCCCGAAAAAAUCUCUCCUGAAAAACUAAAGAGUUCUUUAAAUGGAAAUGAACAGGUGGUAGGAAGGGACUGUCUAUCAAGUAGGACAGAAAUGCAGCUGGUGGAGUUACUGAACAUCUGUGGACCUACUAAAAAUAUCAAGGCUAAAGAAAAUUCAUUUUUCACUGUAGAUUUUUCAGCGGAAGUAAUGAGUGAAAGCAACGGGGUGAGCUUUGAAAGGAACCCAAGAAUCAGCAGAAAAUCGACGGAAGACUUUCUGAACCCCGAGGGCACCAAGUCAAACAGCCCUGGUGUUCCUGGAGGAAACCUGGACCGGUUGCCAUCUUGUCCUUGGACAGCAGAUGACAUUGCACUUUUAAACCAUUUUGAGGAAAACAGGAAUAUAACAAAGAAAGUAAGACGCAGCAUGAGGGGUCAGAAAGAUGCAAAAGGUGAGGGCCUUGCCUGGGUUGAGAUCCCUUGCAAAGUCCCCAAAAGGCUGUCCUCUGUUGGUCCUCAAGAAUCAAAGUACAUCGUGAGUAAACCUUAUGGACCAAGAAGAAGGAGCUUCUGUGCAUCUGAAGGCUCUCAGCUCCCUGUUGUGGGUUUGGAGUCAAACACAUCUGCCUCCCAUUUGGAAAAUUUGGACAAAUGCCAGAAGGGCAACAUGAAAUUUGAACGUUAA